AUGACGAGCUCACCACAACAGUUGCUGUUCACCGCGACGGUAUGGCUUCACCUCUUGUUGCUGGUGAAUGGCCUUUGCGUACAAUAUCAGUACCGUGAUGUCAACUGCGCUCAUGUUGGCCAUUUCCAAGAUUGGUGCACCAGUUUUGACGGAUGCCACCGGGCCAACCUCCAAUGCGUGGGACAGCGUCCUCCCUGCAGUGCCUACAAUACCAGUACUGCCUGCCAACUUGAGUCUGGAUGUUCCUGGGAUCUGGAUCUUGAUGCAGAAGAAGAGGGUAUAGAUGCCAGCACUCGUGCACACUACAAGGCCGAUCAAAGCAUGGUCGGGAUCAUGGUGGGGGCUACGCUGAUUCUCAUCGUCGUUGCGUGUGGUUUGUACUCGUUGCACAGUUGCAACAAUGAAGCCAAGACACGUGAAUGCGAGACCAUUUCAAACUGGUCCGUUAGCAGCCUCCAAGGUACGAUUAUUCGAACAAGAUUGGUGGAAGAAAUUGAAGCUCAUGGACGAGGAAAGCUCGACAACGUCAAGAAGAACAAACAACAUCCUCCAAACCAACAACGACGAGACUCUCCUGGAACAGCAACAACGCUGACGCCUGAAUGCACGGAGGCGUCUGCUGGUAGUCAAGGCUCAGCCGACAUGGUGUAA